CAUUUAGUUGGCAGAAGAAGACGCUGAGCUCUGACAGCAGAGCACAACAGAUUGUCAUUACUGAAUUAUCCCCAGUGUUUUAAAUAUUUUAUGAUAUCUGUCAUAUUUAUUCCUAACCAUGGAGUUAUCUGAAAUACUGUACAACAAAGCGGAGUACAUUGAAACGGCUUCUGGCAACAAAGUGAGCAGACAGUCAGUGCUGUGUGGGAGUCAAAACAUUGUACUCAAUGGCAAAACUAUUGUCAUGAAUGACUGCAUCAUCAGAGGAGACCUGGCUAAUGUCAGGGUGGGCAGACACUGCGUGGUGAAAAGCCGGAGCGUCAUACGACCACCUUUCAAAAAGUUCAGCAAAGGAGUGGCAUUCUUCCCGCUGCACAUCGGAGACCACGUCUUCAUUGAGGAGGACUGUGUGGUCAACGCAGCACAGAUUGGCUCCUACGUCCACAUUGGCAAGAACUGUGUCAUAGGUCGUCGCUGUGUGCUGAAGGACUGCUGCAAGAUCUUAGACAACACCGUGCUCCCUCCUGAGACUGUGGUGCCGCCUUUUACUGUCUUCUCUGGAUGUCCAGGUCUAUUUUCAGGAGAGCUCCCAGAGUGUACGCAGGACCUUAUGAUUGAUGUCACCAAGAGUUACUACCAGAAGUUCCUGCCUCUCAGCCAGAUCUGAAUCCUGCCCCAAAACCAUCAGCAGGAUCCACACCCUCUCCAGGUCACGGCCAGGGUCUCUCAUCAGAAAUGGAGUCUGAGAGCUCACCUUUUAUCCUUCACCUCCCACAGGCCCUGAGUUUCUCUGCCCAAGAACAAACAUCUGGUCCUAUUAAUGAAAUGAUUCUAGUUUUUGAGUAGAAGAAAAGCACAUGAUGAUAACAUCUGAUAAAGCUGCAGAAGGUAGUUUAGUGUUUGCAGCUCCAAAUUGCAGUGAAAGUCUUUAUUAAACUGUACACAGCAUGCUCAUGUUUACUAUCCCAGCUGGUCUGAGACGUCCUCAAGAGGCACGGAUCAAAACCCUACAGGCACUCAGUUCUAGUUUGGUUUGAUUUGUGUGUUCAUGUAGUCCGAUAUUUAAUCCUGGUCUGUGGAGAAACUCGAGAACUUCUGUGGCUCAAUUCCAAUCUUUGCUCUCUGACAGCAGCUGUGGGUGAAGAUGAGGAGGUGAAGGGUGGAGCUUGUAAUAUAUUAUACGACCCCCAUGGACCAAAACAAUAGCAACAACAACAGUUGUGUUUGAGGAUGUUGGCUGUACGUGUGCUUUGCUCAUGACCACAAUUCAUUUGGGAAACAGAGUUCACUCAUCAGGAGAGAUAUUUUGCUUUUGUCUCUGUCAUUUGAUUUUUUUUUUUCUAAUGUUGAAGGACUUGUUUGCUUUUUUGUCACUGGCGCUUGUAAAUUGUCAUGACACUUAUUUAAUACUGAUUUUUAUUAUUUCAUUAUGUUCAAAUGAUCAGCUGUUAAUUUGACUAUGUGUACACGUGUGCAGGAAGCCCCCUGUGCUUUGCCUUUAUCAUCUUCUGUGAGCAGCCAACAGCCAGAGCCAACGUCUGAAAUAGUGACGCAGUUAAAUAAAUACAAAUGCUUGAAAAUCUGA